UUUGCACGACAGCGACGUGUUAUGACAAUUGUGGAACCACUCUAGACCGAGCUUCGUUCAAGGUUAUCGAAGAUAAUCGUAAAAGGACCACGAGUAUAUCGCAGAUAUACAUCGUAUACACGUAGACUGCGAAUCUUUGGCGCAGCCCGGUAAGACAGUUGACGACGGUAUUCGUGUCUCUUGCGACAUUUUCGAGCGUCUCACGCUACAAUUCCGAGCUGCGAUGCCGCGAGGAAAAUUCGUGAAUCAUAAAGGCAGGAACAGGCACUUUACGAAUCCAGAGGAGUUGGAGGAGCAACGGCGCCAAGAAGAGAAAAAGCAACAGUGGAGAAAAAAUAAAGGACAGGAAAGUUCCAGUGAGGAAGAAGACGAUGAGGAGCCUAAAACAAGUGGAAUCAAUAGGUCAAAGAAUAGUGCCACAGAUAGUGAUAGUGAGUCAGAAUCGGAAUCGGAAACAGAGGGAAAGGCAAAAGGUGUAGAGAAUUUAAUUCAAGUAGAAAAUCCAAACAGGGUACAAAAGAAAACGAAAAAAUUGUCCCAAUUGAAUCAGUCGUUAGAGGCGAAACCUGAACUAUCUCGAAGAGAGCGGGAACAAUUGGAAAAACAAAGAGCCUACGCGAAUUAUCAAAAAUUACAUGCGGCCGGUAAAACGGAUGAAGCUCGAGCGGAUCUAGCGCGAUUAGCGAUAAUUAAGCAGCAACGGGAAGAGGCGGCAAAGCGACGGGAGGAAGAGAAAAAGCAAAAGGAGAUGGCGCAACAGAAGAAGACCGAGCUGACGCAAAAGGCGCUCGGGAAAAAGUCCUAGAACGUUCUGAUUAGUUGCAUGACUAAUUGAUCAUCACAAUAUUAUUUCGGAGAUAAAAUCCCGAUUUUCAAAUCUCGAAAUUUGGUAAACCGAUCCAUAUGUUUGCUAUACACGUUUUAUGAUAUGUUAAUGUCAUUGUUUAUAUAAAUACAAUGAAUUAAAUGCAAUCUUUAUAAGUG